AUGGCGAGCGCGGAAACGCUGGACGUGGGGGCGGAGAUGCGGUGCGUGAUGCGGACGCUGAUGGAUGGAGAGUACGAGGCGUUUCCGCCGCACGAUUUGUUGCGAAGCGUGUGGAGGCUCGUGCCGUCGUUCGCGGGGAACGAACAGCAGGACGCGCACGAGUUCAUGCGGUUCUUGUUGGAUAGGUUGAGAAAGGAGUUGAGUAGUGGGAAACACGCGGGAUCUCAAACGAACGGAUUGAAGGGUGGAUUGUCACCCACGUCGCCGAAGACACCACAGGGGAAAUGUGAACAAGAUGACGGCGUGACGGGUGAUAAAAUCAUGGAAAUCUUCGGCGGCGUUGCGGUGACGACGGUGACGUGCAUGAAGUGCGAGCGAUCAAGCGAACGUCGAGAACCAUUCAUGGAUCUUUCGCUUCCCAUCCCUCCUGUCGUCGGGAAAAACGGCUCCAUCGAAGAAGGCGAAGGUCCUAACGGAGAGGCCACCCUGCAGCAAUGUCUCGCGGCGUUUGUGCGCAACGAAACCCUCAGCGGACACGGGCGAUACUUUUGCGACGGAUGCGGUAAAGUUCAGAGUGCGACGAAAUCUACGCGGAUCGCCAAGCUCCCGCCUGUUCUGUGCUUGCACUUGAAACGUUUCACGUGGAAAGGUCACGCGAUGCGCACCAAGCUCACGCACGACGUGGACUUCCCUUUGGAUGAUUUAGACUUAGCUCCUUACUGCGAGACCAACGGCGAAGCGAUGUAUGAUCUCGUGGCUGUCGUCACGCAUCACGGUUUGAACGCCGGUAGUGGGCACUACACCGCUUGCGCGCGAGAGUUCACCGCUGAAGGAAACAGCGACUGGCAGCACUUCAACGACGAUGAUGUCAACUCACUCACCGCGGAAGAAGUUCGAACGGGUCAGGGAUAUAUCUUUUUAUACGCGCGUAAGUAA